CCAUUACCAUGUGAUACGGGUGAUACAUCGUCAUACAAAGGCUAGAUUGCGACAUUAUCAGGUCCCCAAACCAUCGUGCACAUGGGGAAAUGGGAGCCGGGGCUGGAUAUAACACAGCGAGUCACUGAAGAUAUUCUACUUACUCCCCCACUAGUACUGAGAUGUCAACCAACAUUACUUUUCAUCCAGGAUCUGUUGACGCCCAGGAACGCGUUAGCUUGCUCAAACAGACGGGUGUUACGGUCUGGCUGACUGGACUCAGUGCUAGUGGCAAGUCAACGAUAGCGUGUGCUCUAGAACAACAUCUGCUUCAUUUGCACAAAUUCACCUACCGGCUCGACGGAGACAACGUUCGCUUAGGGCUCAAUAAAGACCUUGGUUUCGACGAGAAGUCCCGAGUAGAAAAUAUCAGGCGCAUAGGCGAGGUCUCCAAAUUAUUCGCGGACUCUGCUUGCAUCGCGGUCACAGCUUUUAUAUCACCCUACAAAGCAGAUCGACAAGUAGCCCGUGAACUGCACGAGAAAGGAGGCCUCGGGUUCAUCGAAGUGUUUGUUGAUGCCCCUCUCAGUGUAGUUGAACAGCGUGAUCCAAAAGGGCUCUAUAAAGCAGCUCGUGCUGGAAAAAUCAAGGAAUUCACUGGCAUAUCUGCGCCGUACGAAGCUCCCGAGAAUCCUGAUAUACACAUUAGAACAGACGAAUGUGAUGUGACCAUGGCAGUCGAGAUUAUCAUCGAAUACCUCACCAAGCAUAAUUAUAUUUCGUAGUUACCAAGGACGGCGAAAAAGGAAUUUAUAGUCUAUAUACCUACUUUUUACCGGC